UUUCCCUUUUUUGGGGUCGGAAAGGCAUCCGUCUUAGCUUGAUUCGCAUUAAAUGAGGAGCGACGUGCAUUGCGCAACGGGCUUUAGCAGGUAGAAGGUUUGGCGAAAUCGGGUCGUAUGCUUUAGCAGAUACGAGGAGACCAAGACUUUUCACGAGUCGUCAUCAGCUUCCAUUCCCGGUCCCUUUUCCACACCGCCCGCGGUCACUCGCCGAUCGUCCUUUUUCAAAUGCUCGUCUCUCGGAUGAGGGUGACUCGCAAGUGACAAAGCUGCUCGCUUCUUCAUAUUUGCUCUCUUGAUCUCUCGUUCGCUUGGAAUUCUCAGACAUAUUCGUCGAAAGUAAGGAUUUGUUUUCUUGGCUUUAGAGAUGGCCAUGGAUUCUACAGUAGGUGCGGGGGCUGGAUCUAGCUGGAAGAAAGACAAGCGCACUGACCUGUUCGAUGUUAUCUUCUCUUGGUCUCUUCAAGAAAUCUUCAAUAUCAAUCUCUACGGGGACAAGGUGAAGAGCAUCCCGGAGUCAUUUCAAUCAGUUGAUCAAUACCUUGCUUCUUAUAUUUUCCCUUUGCUUGAGGAAACACGAGCCAGUCUCUGUUCAAGUAUGCAGACUGUAUCUAGCCUGCCUUUCGCGGAAGUCACUGGUUUUGCUGAAGGCAAGAAGAAUGAGUAUCAUGUGGGAGUGGAUCACUGGAGAAACAGAUCCACUCACCAUGGCAAGGAGCCCUACAAAACUUUGCCUGGGGAUGUUUUGAUAUUAACUAAUGCUAAACCGGACACCCUACCCAGCUUAGAAAGGUUUGCAGGAGGAUGGGCAUUUGCAUCAGUCACUGAAAUUGAUGCUGACGGGAAUGCUCAAUCAUCAACUAACUUUAGAGUCAAGGCAUUUUUGGAUAACAAAGUGAAGGAUGAUUGUUCCUGGGAGAAAAUGUAUGCAGUUUACGUGAUAAACGCAGUCCCCAACAAUAGGAUAUGGAAUGUGCUUCACAGAUAUCGAAAGUUGAAGAUUGAAAAGGGAGUUCUCCAUAAGGAUUCAGCGGCUGAGAUAAAUUGCAAUCUCUGUAUUACUCAAAGUCAUGGCUCUGGAAAUGAGAGUCUCAAUAAGAACUUGUUUGCCAGUCUAAAUAAAUCCCAGAAAAAAGCCAUUCGGGUUUGUCUCAAUACAAUCAAGUGUCAGCACAGGUCGGCUGUGGAAAUGAUACAGGGUCCUCCCGGAACAGGGAAGACCAAAACUGUCGCUGCGCUGCUCUUUACUCUCUUGGAAAGGAAACACAGAACCCUUGUUUGUGCUCCAACAAAUGUUGCAAUCAAGGAAUUGGUGUCUCGUGUUCUGCAGCUGGUGAAACAAUCGGCUUGCACAAAUUCUCAUGGGGAAAGCUUGCCCUAUUACUUAGGAGACAUGCUAUGUUUUGGGAGCAAGGAGCGGAUGAAAGUAGAUUCAGAUACCGAGGAAAUAUUCCUGCAACAUCGAGUUGAUUGUGUUGCGUGGUGCUUUUCUGUACACACCGGUUGGCAGCAUUGUCUACCUUCCAUGAUUGAUACUCUCAAUGACUGUGUUGACCAAUACCCCAUUUUUAUGGAGAAUGAACGCAUGAUUAAAUCGAAGCCUAAUGGUAACAAAUCCAAACCUAAAGUUAAAUCAUUUCUGGAAUUUUUCAAGUACAAAUUCAAGUCUAGUGCUGAGCCUCUCCGUAGGUGCUUCUCUAUCUUAUGCACCCAUAUAUCCAAAAGUUUCCUUUUGGAACAUAAUUUCCGGUAUAUAAAGUCCCUUCUUAUCUUACUGGAUUCUUUUGAAGUUUCACUAUGUGGAGAGAAGUUGGAUUCGGGGAAGUUGAAGGAAGCAUUUUCAUCGGACCCAUCUUCAUUAAAAACUGUGACAGAUCCACUAUAUACAGCAUUGUUGAUGAAGAGACGUGAAUGCCUCUCUGUUUUGCAAACUCUUAACACAUCUCUUAGAGAGCUAAACCUUGCAACAUUUAAGAGUGAGAGCAAGAUAGGUGAGAACAAGAUAGCUGAGUUCUGUUAUCAAGCAGCUUCCUUGAUUUUCUGCACUGCCUCCAACUCAUAUAAGCUCUAUGCCAUGGAAACGAAAAUGGAGCCUCUCAGUUUAUUGGUGAUUGAUGAGGCUGCGCAGUUAAAAGAAUGCGAGUCAAUGAUUCCGCUACAGCUUCGCGGUGUUAGGCACACAAUUUUAGUUGGAGAUGAAUGUCAGUUGCCUGCAAUGGUUGAGAGCAAGCUUUCUAGCAACGCUGGCUUUGGAAGGAGUCUAUUUGAAAGGUUGGGUUCUCUGGGUCAUCCAAGGCACCUUCUCAAUAUCCAGUACAGGAUGCAUCCCGCCAUAAGUCGCUUUCCAACAUCAACCUUUUACAAUAAUCAAAUUCAAAAUGGGCCGAAUGUUACAAGCAAAAGUUAUAGAAAGUGUCAUUUGCCGUGGCCGAUGUUUGGCCCGUACUCCUUCAUAAAUAUUUCUAUUGGAAGAGAAGAAGGUGGGGAUGAUGGACAUAGCCUUAGAAACACUGCUGAGGUAGGAGUUGUCUCGAUGAUUUUGAGGAAUCUAUGUGGAGCAUGCAAAUCUUCAGGCGAAGAUGUAAGUGUCGGUGUGAUAUCUCCAUAUGGGGCUCAGGUUGCUGCAAUACAAAAGAAAAUUGGAAAAAGUUAUGAGAAUAUCAAAGGCUUUAGAGUGAAAGUGAGGUCAGUGGAUGGGUUCCAAGGGGGUGAAGAAGACAUCAUAAUAGUAUCCACCGUGAGAUCAAACCCUCGUGGUUUUAUCGGGUUCGUUUCUGACACUAAGAGAACCAAUGUGACUAUCACCAGGGCAAGAUAUUCUCUUUGGAUCUUGGGGAAUGAGGGAACGCUGACGGGAAGUAAAUCUAUAUGGGAAUCUUUGGUUCAUGAUGCUAAGACCCGUGGAUGUUUCUUCAGCAUUGAUGAUGCCAAAGCCGCUUUGGAUGGGAAGAAUAAUCAGCUUAAUGGUCCGGUUGAUGGAAGUAGUGUAGUGAAUAGAAAAGCACAGCGGAAGGCAAAGUUCUCUCAUGAUGCUAAGAACCAAGAAUGUUUGUCCAGUACUGAUGAUGUCAAAGCCGCUUUGGAUGGGAAGAAUAAUCAGCUUGAUGGUCUGGUUGAUGGAAGCGGUGUAGUAUUUGGAAAUGUGCAGUGGAGUGCAAAAUGCUCCCAGGAUGCUAAGAGCCGAGAAUGUUCGUCCAGUACUGAUGAUGUCAAAGCCGCUUUGGAUGGGAAGAAUAAUCAGCUUGAUGCUCCGGUUGAUGGAAGUAGUGUAGUAUAUAGAAAUGCGCAGUGGAGUGCAAAAUUCUCCCAGGCUGCUAACAGCCGAGAAUGUUCGUCCAGUGCUGUUGAUGUCAAAGCCGCUUUGGAUGGGAAGAAUAAUCAACUUGAUGGUCUGGUUGAUGGAAGUAGUGUAGUAUAUAGAAAUGCGCAGUGGAGUGCAAAAUUCUCCCAGGCUGCUAACAGCCGAGAAUGUUCGUCCAGUGCUGUUGAUGUCAAAGCCGCUUUGGAUGGGAAGAAUAAUCAACUUGAUGGUCUGGUUGAUGGAAGUAGUGUAGUAUAUAGAAAUGCGCAGUGGAGUGCAAAAUGCUUCCAGGAUGCUGAGAGUCGAGAAUGUUCCUCCAGUACUGAUGAAUUCAAAGCCAUUUUGGAUGGGAAGAAAGAGGAUAUCCUGCUAGAUGAUCCGCUUGGUGGAAAUAGUGUCCUAUUUAGAAAUGCUCGGUGGAGGGUUUUCUUUGGCGACAACUUUGUGAAGUCUUUCAGAAAGCUGACGUCACCUGGGACCAAGAUGUCAAUCAUGAUCCUCAUAUCAAAACUCGCCGGUGGCUGGAGACCUAAAAAGAGCAACGGGGGUUUACUCCCUAAAAGCUCUUCUCCUAUGGUGAAGCAAUUUGAGGUUGAAGGUCUCUACAUGCUGUGCACUGUCGAUAUACUAAAGGGACUUAGAUACAUCCAAAUCUUGAAAAUUUGGGAUGUAUUGCCUUUAAGUGACGCAACGAGACUGGUUGAACAUCUCGACAGCGAGUUCAAAGCAUAUGCAGACAAUUUUAUUAGUCGCUGCAACGAGAAAUGUCUGGAGGGGGAUUGGCAAGUUCCAAAGACAUGGGAUUGUCCUCACGGCAUCGCUCGUAUCCUCGGUCUGGAUCAAGUUCAAGCUGGAAGCAGUUCUGGCGCCAAUACGUCGAAUCCAGGAGCAAGAGAGAGCCUGCUUUCAAUGACAUUCUACCCCUCAUCAUCAAGUGUAGUCAGGCACUUGUUACCGGAGGUCCCCAACAGCGAAUUGAAUCUUGCAUCUGAAGCAACUGAGCUAAAUCGAGAGAAGAGUUCCCAGAAUUCCCCCUUCGGCGGUUUUCUGAAUUCCCUCUUCAGUGCUUUUGACAGAUUCAGGGGAAGGAGCUGAUUGAUGCUUUUAUCAGGAAGGAAAAUACCAUUUCUUUGCAACGAACUUUUCAUUCGGGCCAGAGUUUCAGUGCCCGUGCCGGGUAUUUUCGAGUAAGGCGUGGAACUUCUCAACUAUAUAGCUUCUGCUAGUUUGACGCUUGUAUAUAUUUGGUUGCUUUAUUCGCACACAGAACUAUAGGGUGAAAAUUUAUCUCUGGACAUGGCUUGGAUUGCCUUUAUACUUCGGAUUUCGCUUUCUGUCUUUGCAUGCUAUACUUUGUGCAGGGUCGCACGCAAGAAUGUAUAUAGCUUCCUUUUAUACUUUGCUUUUUCAUUAUAAUGAUGUAAAAUGAAUGAUUUUUAAUAUGGGAUUUGGGUGACUUGGCCAA